UGCCUGGACCGCUGUGGGGGCGUGGCGCGAGUGUCAGUUAGCGGGAGUGGGCGGGGCGGUGCUGCGCUCAGCUGGUGCAGCCCGUUCACCUGCAGCUCAGAGCGGGGGAGAGACAGGGCGGCAAGCGGCAGCGCCCGGGGGCAGCGGAGCCUCACACCGGGACGUAAAGGACAGGAGGGUACUGACAUUCCAGCCAACAACGGGGGGUGAGCCGGACACUUGGCCUCUAGGAUCCAGAGUCCCGUCUGCCAGUAAGAUGUCAGGGGGAUCCGGGAGCGCUCUGCUGCUGUUGUUGGCCCUUCCAGGGGCACUGGGGGCACACACUGGGAAUGUUACCGCACGGCACAGCUGCACACCAGGCUUUUCUGAGGAAGGUUACACAGCUCUCGUAUCACCAAAUAUCAAGGAGGGGCAGACACUACUUAAAGUCAAAUUUAAUGGGUGCAAUACAGGAACGCAGGGAAUCUGGUAUGAAACUAGCAACCCUGAUUUCAAAGUUGGAACAGAUGGGGCAGUGUACACAGCUCGCAAGGUACAGAUCCCCUCCAAACAAGCAGUAUUUGUGGUGGCUGCCUGGGACCACCAGAUUCCGGAGAAAUGGGAAGCUGCAAUCCGGCUGCUGGUGGAAGACAAGCCUCUCAACCAAAGCCAACACCAGCAGCAGCGGCAGCAGCAGCAGCAGCGAGGUAUAUGGGACCAGCCAACCGAGCACCCACAGACCCAGAGUGGUACUCUCUUACCAUGGCGACAGCAUCGUGAUGCUAAUGGGCUGAGGAGACAGAAGAGAGACUGGGUAAUUCCUCCAGUCAAUGUACCAGAGAAUUCAAGAGGACCAUUUCCUGACCAGCUGGUGCGAAUCCGCUCUGACAAAGACAGAGAGAGUAUGAUCCGCUACAGCAUUACAGGCGUUGGGGCUGACCAACCCCCCAUGGAAAUUUUUAGCAUAGACCCCAUAUCUGGACGUAUGUAUGUAACAAGGCCCCUGGACAGAGAGGAGCGAUCGUCUUACCAUCUCAGGGCUCAUGCUGUGGAUAUGAAUGGGAACAAAGUGGAGAAUCCCAUUGACCUCUCCAUCUACGUCAUCGACAUGAAUGACAACAGACCAGAGUUCUCCAGUCCUAUAUUCAAUGGCUCAGUGGACGAAGCUUCAAAACCAGGCACCUAUGUAAUGACAGUAACGGCACAUGAUGCAGAUGACAUAAACACAUCAAAUGGAAUCAUUAUGUACCGGAUUAUGGCGCAGAGUCCGCAGAGCCCAUCCCAGGACAUGUUUGUGAUUCACAGCGAGACAGGAGCCAUUAAUACUGUAGCUGCUGGUCUGGACCGAGAGAAGGUCCAGCAGUACACCGUUGUCAUUCAAGCCACAGACAUGGAGGGGAACUUAAACCACGGAUUGUCAAACACGGCCACAGCUAUUAUAACUGUCGCAGACGUCAAUGACAACCCCCCAGAAUUUACCUCCAAGAUGUUCACUGGCGAGAUGGCAGAGAACAGGGUUGAUGUGGUGGUGGCUAAUCUCACUGUGGUGGAUCGGGAUCAGCCAUACACUCCCAACUGGAAUGCCAUCUAUAAAAUUAUUAGUGGUGAUCCUGCUGGUCACUUUACUGUCAAAACAGAUCCAACGACCAAUGAGGGCAUGGUAACCGUGGUGAAGCCAGUGGAUUUUGAGAUGAACAAGGCCUUUUUACUGAACGUUAUGGUGACAAACCAAGCACCUCUGGCUAGCGGAAUACAAAUGUCCCUACAGUCCACCUCUGCUGUGACUAUUUCCAUCAUGGAUGUAAAUGAAGCUCCUUACUUUCCCAACCGAAAUGACCCCAUCAUGCAGAUGGAGGGAGUGCCAGUGGGGAGACUGCUGACAACAUUCUCUGCUGUGGAUCCAGACCGCUCCCUGCAGCAAGCUCUUCGAUACACCAAGCUGUAUGACCCGGCAAACUGGCUUGCUAUCAAUACCACAAACGGCCAGGUGUUUACUAUCGCCAUUUUGGAUCGUGAAUCCCCCUUUGUUAAAGAUGACAUCUAUGAGGCCAAAUUUCUAGCCACUGACAAUGGAGUUCCCCCUGCCAGUGGCACUGGUACAUUGCAGAUCCAGCUGAUUGAUAUUAAUGACAAUGCUCCUGAGCUCCUUCCCAAAGAGUCGCAGAUCUGUGAGAGAUUCAAUUCCCAUGGCAUCAAUGUCACAGCUACAGACAUGGACCGUAAACCCAGUGGAGACCCUUUUGUGUUCGAGCUGCCGACUGUGCCCUCCACCAUUAGAAGGAACUGGACUAUUACCAGGAUAAAUGGUAAUUACGCACGCCUCAGUCUGCAGAUCGGCUAUUUGGAGUCUGGUGUAUAUGAGGUGCCUGUCAUUGUGGCAGACUCUGGAAACCCUCCUCUUUACAACACAUCAAUUAUCAGAGUGAAGGUCUGUCCCUGUGAUGACAAUGGAGACUGUACAACUAUUGGAGCAGUAGCUGCGACCAGACUUGGAACUGGAGCGAUUAUCUCCAUCCUCAUCUGUAUCAUCAUCCUGUUGUCCAUGGUUCUGCUAUUUGUUAUGUGGAUGAAGCGCAGGGAAAAGGAAAGACACACAAAGCAGUUGCUGAUUGACCCCGAGGAUGAUGUGCGGGACAAUAUACUGAAGUAUGACGAGGAAGGUGGUGGAGAAGAGGACCAGGACUAUGAUUUAAGUCAGUUGCAGCAGCCAGAGACACUGGAUCAUGUUAUGAAUAAAGUGGCGGGUGUCAGACGGGUGGAUGAGAGACCAGUAGGUGCUGAGCCACAGUACCCUAUCAGACCCGUACUUCCACACCCAGGGGACAUUGGUGACUUUAUCAGUGAGGGACUCAGAGCCGCUGACAAUGAUCCUACAGCGCCACCUUAUGACUCUCUUCUGGUUUUCGAUUAUGAAGGUAGCGGUUCCACCGCUGGGUCUGUUAGUUCUCUUAACUCCUCUAGCUCAGAGGAUCAGGACUUUGAGUACUUGAAUGAUUGGGGUCCUCGCUUCAAAAAACUGGCUGACUUGUACGGCGGUGGGGAGGAGGAUUGACAGGACGUCUGCAUCUUAUUGAAACAUAACCUCCUCAGUUGUACACUGGCAGCUUUCAUUUUUUUAUUAUUAAACUCCCGACUCCCAGCCCC